AUGGAUAGCCUCCCCGGUGAAAUCCUACUUGCGAUCGCAACCAACUUAGACUCCUCGCGCGACAUCAACGCGCUAGCUCAAGCAAACCGCCGUUUCUUCAAUACCCUAAACAACCAUCUUUAUCGACAAGAUGCACUCUUCGAUGAAAUGGAAGCCCUUUCUUGGGCGGCGCGGAGCGGAGUCGUCGCAACGGCCCAAAUCUCAAUAAACGCUAGCCGGGCAAUCGAUGAUGAUUGCGAGCGACUAUUUAAUAUCAACCAUGCCCUGUACGAUGCCGUCGCGUACCGGCAUAUUGACGUUAUCUCUUGCAUUCUUACGGUGGAAGGCGCAGAUCCGAACAUCCAGAAUGAUUUCCGCCCAAUGACUGCUAUGUGUAUAGCUGCACGUGAAGGCUGUACGGAGAUUAUCAAGGUCCUGUUAUCGGCCAAAGAUACGCUUCCGAACCCAAAAGACUCCGUUAUCCCAUCACCUCUGUCCCUAGCAGCUUACUGGGGCUUUGUCGAUAUUGUCGAACUGUUACUAGAUGUAAAAGGAAUAGAAGCCGACUCUCGUGACUCGAAAAACCGCACACCCUUCUUCUAUGCUGUCCUAUCAGACUCACCUUCACCUGAAGUAGUAUCAUGUUUCCUUCGUCGCAGCGACCUAAACAUCGAUAUCAAUGUUGAGGACAGGGCAGGGGGUAGGAACACCCGAUACCUGGGCAGGACGCCACUCAUUGUCGCGUCACAAUUCGAAUUCGCUGGGGUCGUCAAUCUCCUCCUAGCUGUACCGGGGAUUGAUGUCAAUCACGCCGAUAUAUGGGGGAAGACCGCGUUGCAUUUUGCAGCCGAGCUUGGCAGAGAGGAUACUGUACGCGCUUUAGUACAGCACCACGCUGACCCCGACCCAAAGGAUAAUGAAAAUGAGACUCCUCUCUUUCUGGCGGCGAAGAAUGGAUCAGUGCCAGUUGUCAAGAUGCUACUGGAAGCCGGCGCUGACCCCAAUCACAUUUGCGAUAAUGGAGCACAUGCACUAGGUGCGGCCCGGACGGAGGGCCAUGGAGAAGUUGCGCAGGUUCUUCGCGACUUUGGUCGACUUGAUUCGAACUCUAUUGGUCCAGUUCCUCGGAAUUGGAAUGCUUCCCGUGGCAAGAUGUGGAGUGAAAGAGCCCGAAGAAAUUCUGACGACCACCCAUGA